AUGACCCUCUCAUCCCUUCUCCGCAUUACUCCCCGCUUAACCCCGACUGCGGCCCGCAGGACAACGCGAGCUGUAUCCUCGGCCACAAAUACACCAAACACAAAGACUUUAGAUUCAAUUCUUAUUGCUAACCGAGGAGAGAUCGCUCUUCGUGUUGGACGCACUGCUGCGGAUCGUGGUAUCCGCGUGACGACCCUUUACACCGACCCGGAUAGCCGAGCACAGCAUGCUUUGAGCUCUCCCUUUGCUUUUAAUCUAGGUUCCGUGUCUGCAUAUCUUGAUGGCGACAGAAUUAUCGAAAUUGCAAAGAAAGAAGGAUGUCAAGCCAUACACCCUGGCUAUGGCUUUCUGUCCGAGAACUCUGCAUUCGCGCGCAAAUGUACCGAGGCCGGGAUAGUAUUCAUUGGCCCUCCGUACACUGCCAUUGAAGACAUGGGAGAUAAGAGUCGAUCCAAAGAAAUUAUGACCGCAGCAGGUGUCCCAUGUGUACCCGGCUACCACGGUCAAAAUCAAGAUCCGGCCUUCCUCGAAGAGCAAGCGGAUCAGAUCAAAUACCCAGUGCUCAUCAAGGCCAUCAAGGGAGGCGGUGGCAAAGGCAUGCGCAUUGCCAGCUCCAAAGCUGAAUUCCAGGCUCAGCUUGAGUCGGCGAAAUCAGAAGCAAUGAACUCUUUCGGAGAUGACAAUGUGCUGGUAGAGAAGUACAUCACUACGCCUCGCCAUAUCGAAGUACAGGUAUUUGCCGACAAGCAUGGCAACUCUGUUGCGCUGGGAGAGCGUGACUGCAGUAUCCAACGACGACACCAGAAAAUCCUGGAGGAGUCACCAGCACCUCACCUCCCCGAUGUCACAAGAAAGGACCUUUGGGCCAAGGCCCGAUCAGCUGCGUUGGCAGUUGGCUACGAAGGUGCCGGAACUGUGGAGUUCAUUUUCGAUAACGACAGCGGCGAAUUCUACUUUAUGGAAAUGAACACCCGUCUGCAGGUCGAGCACCCCGUGACCGAGAUGGUCACUGGACAGGACCUUGUUCACUGGCAAAUCCUCGUGGCCGAAGGAGCCAAACUCCCGCUCACACAGGAGGAGGUAGAAGAACGGAUUUCCCACAGUGGACAUGGUAUUGAGGCCCGAAUCUACGCCGAGAAUCCAGAGCAGGGUUUCAUCCCCGACUCAGGACGCCUUCUCCAUGUGCGAACUCCCACUACUUCAGAAGAUAUCCGCAUUGAUGCUGGCUUUGUGGAAGGAGAUGAUGUCUCGGCACACUACGACCCCAUGAUUUCCAAGCUUAUUGUGCGAGGCGCGAACCGUGAGGAGGCUCUUCGAAAGCUAGCCGCUGCACUGGAGCAGUACGAAGUUGCAGGACCCGUGACCAACAUUGAAUUCCUGAAGACCAUCUGCAAGAGUCCCGAUUUCAUCGCUGGUGAAGUCGAAACCGGCUAUAUCGAGAAACACCGCGAAGAAUUGUUCGCUCCCAAGAUAAUCGAGGAAGAAGUUCUAGCGCAAGUCGCAUUGGCAUGUCUACACCGCGACAUCGGCUCUGGAACGCGUCCAUCGGCCGGUGUCGCAGGGUCAGCCGUGGGCUUCACCCCUAGCUACCAAGAGCGCCAAUUGUCAUUUACAGAGACUGCACUCCCCGGGGCAAGCGACGGCUCCACCUUCAAUGUGAGGAUACAGCAAACCGCAGAUGACACCUUCAAUGUGGAGGUCGGCGGACGAGUCUUCGAGCAAGUAGUAAGCCACAUGGAUGCAGUAUCGCAGAUUGUCACCUCCUUUUUCGCGCACACUCGGUUGGACACCACCGUUGUCCGGGACGAGGACACGAUUAUCGCUUUCCAGCGAGGAACUCAAUACCGACUUACGGUGCCCCGAGCCAAAUGGAUGGAGAAGGCCCUUGGUAUGAAGGAUGUGACUAACAGUGUACUGGCCCCGAUGCCGUGUAAGAUCUUACGCGUGGAGGUACAAGCGGGUGAUACAGUGGAGAAGGACCAGCCUCUGGUGGUUAUUGAGAGUAUGAAGAUGGAGACGGUGAUCCGCAGUCCACAACGGGGUACUAUUGCCCGGGUGGUGCACCGACAAGGAGACCAAUGCAAAAGCGGAACACCGCUGGUUGAAUUCGCCGAUGCGGAAAACAGCGACUAA